AUGGCUCAGUCAUCGCCCCAGGGCAAGAAGAAGGGCAAGCGGUUUGCGCCGCUGCCGACGCUGGCGGCGGCGGAGGGUCAGCUGCCCUGGCGCCUCGCCUUCUCGGCCAAGCUGGGCCGCCACGCCGUGGCCGACCGCGACCUGCCAGCUGGCACCCUCAUCCUCACGGAGAAGCCCUUGGUCGCCAUCCCACGCAGCAAGGCCGCGGGGAGCGUGUGCCACGCGUGCUUCGCAGAGCUGCCCGACUCUCUCAAGAAGAAGGGCAAGGAAGGGUUCAACCCUUGCCUCCCCCGGUACUGCGCCGCGUGCAAGGCCUCGGGCGGCGGCGCAGGUCCGGCGGCGGCGCAGAGCAGGGCGCGGGCGCUGUGCGGCCUUGCGGCGGCGUUCGUGGAGCACGAGCUCCUGCACCUGCUGGUGCUGCUGGAUGUGCGGCGCAGCGGCGCGGCAGAGGCGCCGGUGGGCGUGCCGCUGGCGCCGCCUCAGCCCGACGGCGCGCCCCCGCUGCUGCGCUGCACGGCGGCGGACGCGGACGCCCUGCCCCCUCCCUGGCACCACAAGCCCGAGCCGUGGCGCAAGGCGGUGACCGCGGCGCUGCGCCCGCUGCACCGCGCGCUGGCGGCGCUGGAGGCGGCGGCGGCGCUGCCCGGCUACCGCGCGGCUUCCCUGGCGCAGCUGCAGAGCGACGCCGCCAUGCUCAUCUGCAACCUACAGGGCGUGGGGGCGGAGCAUGCGGGGCAGGACAGCGGCGUGGGCCUCUUCCCCGCCGCCGCCUCGCUCAACCACUCCUGCCGCGCCAACUGCCACUCCGUGACCAUGGGCCAGACAAUGCAUGUCCGUACCGUGGUAGACGUGGUGGCGGGGCAGCAACUCACGCUGUGCCAUGCCCCGCAAUACGAGCCCCGCCCCGUGCGCCAGGCCGCGCUGUUGCAGGCGCGUGUGGCUGAGCGCGGGCUGGCCUGCGCCUGCGAGCGGUGCAUCGAGCCGCUGGCCACCUCCACCGACCGCUUCCUGGAGGGGGUGUGGUGCCUGGCCUGUACCGUGGACGUGCUGGUGGCGGUACCGCCCGGUACGCCCGAGGCCGCAGCCGCCGCUGCGCGGUAUGAGGAGCAGCUGGCUGCCUGGGACGCGGAGGACGCGGCGGCGGCCAGGAAGAGCAGGAAGGGAGGCAAGAAGGCGGCGGCAGAGGAGCAGCAGCAGCAGGGGCAGGAGGCCGCGCCGGAGGCUGCCAACGGCUCGGCCGCAGCAGAGGAGGAGGCAGAUGGGAAGGAGGGGCAGCAGGAGGGGCUGGAGGGCGAGCAGGCGGAGGCGGAGCCUGCCUACCUGUGUGUGCCUGCCUUCCUCCCUGCCGACCCUCCACUGCCCGCCCGCCUGCCCGCCCGCCUGCCCACCUGCCUGCCUGCAGCCAACGGCCCCGGCGACGUCAUGCUGCAGGCAGACAAGCUGUGGCAGCAGGGGGCCAUGCUGUACCAGGUGAAGAUGGCCCAGCUGAUGCCUCAGGCCGAGGAGUUUCUGCGCCAGCUGCAGCAGGGGGUGGAGGGGCGGCUGCACCCCUACCACUCCCGCAUCAUCGACUCCCUGUCUCCCCUCAUCAGCCUGGCGCUGCGGCGUGGCGACGCCCUGGCCGUCUUUAACUACUCGGCGCUGCUGUGGGAGGCGCAGCACGCGGUGCAGGCGCGGUACAGCCUAUCCCAGCUGCAGUACCUCAACGCCAUCAUCGACACCUCCGCCGCCAAGGCCGCCCACGCUCAGAGCGCUGUGGUGAAGCGCCAGUUUGAGAAGAAGCUCAAGGCGGCCCAGACGACUGCCGCAGAGAUCCGGCGCGUGCUGCUGGGCAAGAGCUGA